CCCGCGGCCUCAUGGCCGGCGCCUCCCCGGGCGCGGCCUCCCCGGGCCCGGACGACGACGCCCUGCCUUCGGACUCCGUGUCCCUCAGCGACUCGGACUCCGACGUCAGCCUUGUGGGAGACGCGGAGGUGGCCGCGCUGUCCCCGGAGGGACCUCCCGGGGAGGCGCAGGAGGACUCGGGCACCGAAGAGCCCGCGGAGCCUCCGUCGCCCCCCGCGCCCGUGCGGCCCUUCCACCUGCGCGGCAUGAGCUCCGGCUUCUCCGAGCGCAGCCACAGCAUCUUCGACGGCCUGGAGGGGGCCGCCCGCGGGGCGCCUCCCCCCGCCCCCCAGACCAGCGCGGACCCCAGUGUCGACUUCAAGCAGCCCCUGGCGCCCCCCGGCCAGCCUCCGGCGAGGCCUCUCAGCAGAGGCCACGGGAGCCCCGGCGCCCCGAGGGCGCCCCCUGUUCCGGACUAUGUGGCACACCCCGAGCGCUGGACCAAGUACAGCCUGGAAGAUGUGGCUGAGACCAGUGAGCUGGGCAAUCGGACUGCCGCCCUGGCCUUCCUGGGCGCCCGGACCCAGGCGGCCCCCACAGACUUCCUGCCCUCCUUCAACCAGGACCCCUCCAGCAGCGGAGAGGGCAGGGUGGUCUUCACCAAGCCGGUUCGAGCCGAGAGGAAGAGGGUCCUGAGGAAGGAGGGCGUGCUGGGUGCGGGCAGCGAGGGUCCUGUGGAACUGGCCCACCUGGCAGAGCCCGGGCCUGAGGCCGAAGAGUGGACCAGCACCCAGGGGCUGCCAGAGGUAGGGGUGGCACCGGGGGAUGCCCACGCGGGGUCCUCACCAGGCCCUCCCGGGGUGGCAGCCUUUGGCUUCCAUGGCAGCAAGAAGCGGAGCCGGGAGCAUUUCCGGAACAGGUGUGGAAGCCCUGAGGGCACAGGGGCUGGGGUGUGAGCCUGGCAGCCAGCCUGGCCACACUGCCGUCACCUGUGCUACCAGGUGCUGGCAUGGCUGGGUGCACAGCCACCGCCACAGUGGGAGGGAGAGCAGUUCCUCAGGAAGGAGCGGGUAAGCUGCCAAUAGGGGGCAUCAGGCACCAGCAGUCCUUGUGAGGGCU